UGACCUAUAAUUCACUAUGUACCUUAGUUGGCCUUGAACUUCCGGCACUCCUCUUGAGUGCUGGUAUUACAAAUGACCAUGCCUCAUGUGCCUCCUUCAUAGGGAAGAAACUUAGGAUAAGUAGCUCCUUGAAUGCUACACAACUUGGACUGGAUCAUUGUAUAGACCUGAACACAAAGCUCAGAAACUCAGUCUUUUCACUAACUGGAUAGAUAAGGCUUGGGUCUCCCAAGUCAGGCAUUCACUUUAUUAGGUCUCAGAGCUGACUGCUCAAUGCUGAGUUGGGUGGUGGAUCCAGGAACUGUUGGUUGGAGUAUAAUUCUGCUAAGAGGUGUUGUGUUUUGUUGGUACUUGUGUGUUACAUAGGGAAAAGAGUGUGUAUCAAAACUGCCUUCUCAGAACUGUUGGAGGUUACAAGGUAGUUUGGCAUCAUUACCCACCCAUGCCUUCUCAUCUGGUCUAAGUGAUGAAACUUAGUAGUUAGUGACCAUUGGCAGUCAAAGUUUAGGGACAGGAACAAGCUAUGUAGGUGGAAGUAAUGUCUUGAGCCAGACCACAGGACAGAAAAUUGGAACAGAAUUACAUAAAGCAAGAUCAGAAAUUUCCUGUCCAGCCCACAGGGUGGAGCUGAGUCCACCCUUCUCCAUCAUCCUGAAUAUAAGCCCGCCUCAAUGUCAGAAGCAGAAAAGAGCUAUUAGGACUGGUGCAGCUCGGCAUCAGCCAUGAAUCUCAAGGUGCUACUGGUAUUUUUGGUGCUGUCUCUCGUUACUGUCUUUGCUCUGGCCUAUGUCUUGCUGACCAGGCAGGGCAGUUCCAGCCAGUCUCCUCGAUGCCCUUCCAUACCUCCCAGAAUUCAUCCUUGGACAACCCCUGGCCAGAACCAGCUGUUUGCAGACCUGAGCCUUGAAGAGCUGACAGCUGUGAUGAGCUUUCUGACCAAACACCUGGGGCCAGGGCUGGUGGAUGCAGCCCAGGCUCGACCCUCGGACAACUGUGUCUUCUCAGUAGAGUUGCAGCUGCCUGCCAAGGCUGCAGCUCUGGCCCACCUGGACAAAGGGGGCCCCCCACCUGUGCGGGAGGCCCUGGCCAUCAUCUUCUUUGGUGGACAACCCAAGCCCAAUGUGAGUGAGCUGGUGGUGGGGCCCCUGCCUCACCCCUCCUACAUGCGGGAUGUGACUGUGGAGCGUCAUGGUGGGCCCCUGCCCUAUUACCGGCGCCCCAUGCUGAAAGCUGAGUUUGUUCAGAUAUGGAGGCAUUUGAAAGAGGUGGAGCUACCGAAGGCACCCACCUUUCUGGUUUCUGUCUUGAACUACAAUGGCUCCACUUUGGCACCUCUGCAUUCUACUGCUAGUGGCUUCAAGGCAGGCGACCGGGCUACCUGGAUAGCCUUCUACCAUAACAUCUCAGGUCUUGGAGUGUUCCUUCACCCCGUGGGGCUGGAGCUACUGUUGGACCAUGGGGCCCUGGACCCUGCCCACUGGGUAGUCCAACAGGUCUUCUACCUUGGACAUUACUACUCGGACUUGGCCCAGUUAGAAUGGGAGUUUAAAGCUGGCCUCUUAGAAGUGAUUCAGGUUCCUCUACCCACACCAAAUGGGGCUUCCUCCCUGAGGCCUAGAGUCACUCCAGACCCUUCUCUUACCCCUCUUCAGUUCUCACUCCAAGGUCCCCAGUACAACAUACAGGGAAACUCAGUGAUAUCUCCCCUCUGGACAUUUACCUUUGGUCAUGGGGUGUUCACUGGCUUAAGAAUUUUUGACAUUCGGUUCAAGGGUGAGCGUGUGGCUUAUGAAGUCAGUGUCCAGGAGUGUCUGACAGUUUAUGGUGCUGAUUCCCCCAAAACAAUGAUGACCCGAUACUUGGACAGCAGCUAUGGGCUUGGUCAAAACAGCCGAGCCUUGGUUCAAGGGGUAGAUUGCCCCUAUCAAGCCACAAUGGUGGACAUCCAUGUACUGGUGGGCACGGGAUCAGUCCGGCUGCUCCCAGGAGCUGUGUGUGUAUUUGAGGAAGCUCAGGGACUACCCCUUCGAAGACAUCACAAUGGUAUUGGGGGUCAUUUCUAUGGUGGUUUGGCCAGCUCAAGCCUUGUGGUUAGGUCGGUGUCAUCAGUGGGCAACUAUGAUUACAUUUGGGACUUUAUGCUGCACCCAAAUGGGGCACUUGAAGCGCGUGUCCAUGCCACAGGCUUUAUCAACACAGCUUUCCUGAGUGGAGGAGCUGAAAGUCUUCUCUUUGGGAACCGUGUGGGAGAAAGAGUACUGGGAGCUGUGCAUACACACGCUUUCCACUUCAAACUGGACCUUGAUGUGGCAGGUUUGAAAAACUGGGUGGUAGCUGAAGAUACAGUCUUUAAGCCUGUAGCAGCCCCCUGGAACCCAGAGCUUCAGCUCCAGCGCCCACAGCUCACCAGGCAGGUCCUGAGCAGGGAAGACCUGGCUGCAUUUCCCUUGGGGAGCCCUCUUCCGCGAUACCUUUACCUGGCUACCAACCAGACCAAUGCCUGGGGUCACCAGCGCGGGUACCGGAUCCAGAUCCACAGCCCUCCUGGUGUGCAUGUACCUUUGGAGAGCGACAUGGAGAGGGCUCUCAGCUGGGGGAGAUACCAGCUUGUGGUGACCCAGAGGAAGGAGGCAGAGUCCCACAGCAGCAGCAUCUAUUACCAGAAUGACAUGCGGACCCCCACUCUGGCCUUUGCUGACUUCAUCAACAAUGAAACCCUCUUAGGAGAGGAUCUGGUGGCUUGGGUGACAGCCAGUUUCCUGCACAUCCCCCAUGCUGAGGACAUACCCAACACAGUGACUGUGGGAAACAGAGUGGGCUUCUUGCUUCGACCCUACAAUUUCUUCAACGAAGAUCCCUCUAUCUUCUCCCCUGGCAGCGUGUACUUUGAGAGGGACCAGGAUGCCAGGCUCUGCAGCAUCAAUCCUGUGGCCUGCACCCAACAGCUGGCAGACUGUGUCCCCAACUUGCCCACCUUUUCCUAUGAAGGCUUAUAGGCAUGAGGCUGUGGUGAGACCCCAGGAUAGGAGGAUGAGAUGCACACAGUCUGUUCUGUCCCUGUGUUUUUGUCACCUGCCCCCCCCCCCAGGUUCCCAUCCUCUGUUCCUUAGAAAGCAGUCUUUCUGCACUAAAGUCGUGGGUAUCCCCCUGUGGGUUGAUUCUUGCUUCCUGCCUGUCUUUUGUGUUUGUUUCUGUUUGAAACAGGG